UUGUGUUUUAUUGAUGUUGAAUAGUUGAACUCUUGCUUAGCUGUCCUCCGCGUAAAUUAAAAAUUGCCGAGUUGACUCAACAAAUAUGAAAGCACUCAUUUUAGUCGGAGGCUAUGGAACUCGAUUGCGGCCAUUAACAUUGACCUAUCCUAAACCGAUAGUAGAAUUCUGCAAUAAGCCACUCUUACUACAUCAAAUUGAAGCGUUGGCCAAGGUUGGCGUAAGAGAAGUUAUCUUAGCUGUUAGUAAAUGUGCUGACCGAAGUGAUAUCCUGGAAAAAGAAUUAUCAAAACAUGAGAAAAAAAUUGGUAUUAAGAUAACUUUCUCUUAUGAAACUGAGGCAAUGGGAACUGCUGGUCCAAUCGCUUUAGCUAAAGAUAUGCUACUUGUUGAUAACAAUCCAUUUUUUGUACUCAAUAGUGAUGUGAUGUGUGAGUUCCCUUUCAAAGCAAUUAUUGAUUUUCAUAAAAGUCAUGGAAAAGAAGGCACAAUUUUGGUAACCCAAGUUGAAGAACCUUCAAAAUAUGGUGUUGUUGUCUACGAUCAAGCCACUGGACGGGUAGAUCGUUUUGUAGAAAAACCAAUUGAAUUUGUUGGUAAUAAAAUCAAUGCUGGUAUAUACCUGUUAAAUCCUAGUGUUAUCGAUAAGAUACCUCUUCGUCCAACUUCAAUCGAGAAGGAGAUAUUCCCAGGGAUGGCAGAAAAUAAACAACUCUAUUGUAUCACAUUAUCAGGUUUUUGGAUGGAUGUUGGACAACCAAAUGAUUUUUUAAAAGGUACAAAUCUAUACCUGAAUUAUUUGAAACAAUCCAAUAAUGUCAAAGAACUUGCAACUGGGGAUAAUAUUCAAGGAAGUGUUAUCAUAGUUUCACUGUAACUCUUAAUCAAUAUAACCCACCCUUGAACUUACCGUAACCUUAUACCUGAAUCAGGGUGAAACUUGCAACGAAGAUUAUGAAGAGCAUAUAUGUUUAAUGCUCAACUAUCUGAUUGGUUGGUUCAAGGUCAUUUGACUGUGCUGUUUAUUCGUCACCGUUGCCAUCAAUUCUGAUUAAUCUUCUGUUAUUUUAUUGGAAGCAUCCUACAGCUGUAGUUUCGCCUACUUGUGUUCUUGGACCAAGUGUUGUUAUCGGAGCAGAUUGUGUUGUAGGCGAUGGUGUUCGUAUUCGUAAUUCUACUCUACUUCAAGGAAGUGUUAUUAAUGCUCAUUCUUGGAUAGAAAAUUGUAUUGUUGGUUGGCGGUGUAUUAUUGGACAGUGGGUUCGAAUGGAGAAUGUAUCUGUUCUCGGUGAAGAUGUCAUUGUAUCCGAUGAAUUAUUUGUCAAUGGGGCUCGUGUAUUACCACACAAAAGUAUAUCACAAUCAGUGAUUGAACCACAAAUUAUUAUGUAGUUGAAUGGUGAGAGCGUCGCCAUCAUCAUCAUCACCACUAUUCUCGUUCUUGUUCUUGUUCCCCCCGUCUUGUUUCUGCUGACACACACACACACACACAGGUUCUUUCUAUUGCGUAUGCAUUAUUUUUCACUUUCUAAAUUUUUUUGAUACUUCUUCACACAAUGCUGUGAUAAUAAUUUAUAUAUUUAUGUGCCACGCAUGUAUCUUAUUUUGUUUUUUAACUAUUUUGUAUAAAAAUGAGGGAAAAAUUAUUCAAAAAAAACUGUUUCUGCAGGGUUGUUUUUCUAAUGUAACAUUCUCUUGAUUAUUAAUAUUGUAAUCAUCUACCGGUUGGUGAUAUCCAGUGUUUUUUUGGGAUGGUGUUGGGGGGCGGGAGAAAGCAAAUAUUUUCCGGCCAAAUGAGAGAAGCAAAAGCUCCAAUCCAACCUAGUCCUUUUGUAGACUAUUGAACUGUUUAAUUCCGUUAUUAUUAUUAUUACUAUUAUUAAUACAAUUAAAAUUUGUUAGGAAGUAUUUUUUUUGUGCUCCUUGCCUUUCAGUGCUUUCAAUGCUGCACGGUGGUGUUUAUCAUCAUCAACACGCCUGAUAUCCACCGCUUCUUUUUUGUUAUUUUGUAAUAGGAUAAAAUGUUCUUUUCCCCUCUCUCUCUCUCUCUGUUUGUAUUCUGUUAUUAAAUUUCUAAUUUCAGUG